UGGCGGCAUUUCUUAUGAAGCAAAAAAUGGAUCCGCUCAUGUUGCAGGUGCAGGGAAGUUAAUAAUGAAAAGUGAUGAUGUGUUCUAUACGCCGGGAACUUUACAAAACUGCUCAUUGGUAUUCAACUGUUAGAGAAGUCAUCAACUCAUAGAUCCACUCACUGUAAGGCUAAUAAAUCGAUAUUUUGAAACAAACGGACACCGUCAACUCAUCAAUCGUAAUCACCAUGAAGCUAUCGCCAUGGAUACUGUGUUCUUGCCUCGCAUCUCUCUUCUCCUUCAUCAAGAGGACCGUAUUCCGGUUCCGGAGGAGACGGUCCAGUGAUCCUGGUCUACCUACCACCAAACCAUCAGGGCCCCUGGGCGGUGGGCCAGGUCCUUCUGUCAACGGGUCUAGCGCUCAGAAUUACAGCAAUACUUCACAAACAAAUAACUCUGGCGUUGAUCUUGAUUGGGACGACUGGGGGGAUGGCUCAACUAUGAGCAUCAAGAUUGACCCAACCACACCCACGGUCGCGCCUAGUAAUCAAACGGCGCCCUCGCUCGGCAAUCCAGGCAAUGAAGAGGAAGAAGAAAAAGUAGACUAUUUUGCAGAUAUGGCACCAAGUUAUAAAAAACCUGCCACGAUACGAAAGAAGACGCCCCAUCAGAUGAUACCUGGUCCGUCUUCGUUAACUCAAGGAUUAUCAAAUAGACUUUCUUUAGGAAUGGAUGAAACUGCUCUACUAACGGAUGAGCUAGGCACAUGGACAGAAAACGACAACGGAUGGGAGGAGGAGGCUGGAGACGACUUGGCUUGGGAGGCGGAGCAGGUCAUUAGGGAGAAGAAACUGGCGGAGCGGGAGAGACGCGCUGCCGAGCAACGGCGGAAGAAGAUGGAGAAAGAAGUGCAGAGGAACACCAAGAAGGACAUGAGCAAAUUGGCAACAAAAUUAAAAUGAAGGCGAGAUGAGAAUCAUAUGAUGUUAAAGCUGCGUCCAGAACCUAGUGAAUCCUGUGAGAAGUCCAAAAGAAGUUGACGAUUACAGAGUCGCAGAGAAAGACAAAGGCAAAUCAGCAACAGUUAAAAUGGAAACCAGAUAAGGAUCAUUGAUUACAGUCAUUGAACCAUUCACCUCUAAGUCCUGAUGGCGCCUGUGUGAAUUUGAUAGGAACCCAGUGACCUUAGAGUGGCAAAGAAAGACUUUUUGUGGCAUAUUGGCUA